AGUUGAUAUAUUAUGACAUCAACGCAUUAAGUACUACAUGUUUUAAGACACUGUUGAUUUUAGUGUCGCAUUUAGCAUCUAUCACACACCAAGCAUGCAUGCUUGAAAACAUCAGUUGCUUAAGUUGUGUGUAACUCGAGUCCGGGAUUUGGAUUUCAACUGAUCCUGGUGUGAUAAUACUGCAACAAGAAAUUCUGGGGAUAAAAAGGGAAGAUAUGGCCAAGCUGGAGCUACUCAUAUGGAUGCCAUUUGCUUUAGCUUUUCUUCUAAGCAUGGGUAACCAAUCAUCUUCUCAGUUCAUACCUGCUGAUAACUACUUACUCGCUUGUGGUUCUUCUGUUAACGUAACCUUUCAGGGCAGGAAUUUUUUCGUGAAUCUGUCUAUGAAUAAUGAUGAAUUGGAAUUGGAAAGCCAGAAAUCUGUUGCUGUUACCUCUGAUUCUAGCUCUCCAGCAUCGAUCUACCAGUCAGCUAGAAUCUUUCAGGGCCGCGCUUCGUAUAUAUUCACAAUCGAACAGCUAGGCCAGCACUGGAUCCGCCUUUACUUCUCCCCUUUGCCCGAAUUUCACCAGAACAUGUCCUCUGCCUCAAUAACAGCCAUCGCUGAUGGAGUUGUGCUUCUCAAUAAUUUCAGUUUCAUGGAGUAUGGUGGUUCUAACUUGAUCAAGGAGUAUGCAAUCGAUAUUACAUCCCCCACCUUGGCUCUCACAUUCAUCCCUUCUGCAAAUUCAUUAGUGUUUGUUAACGCAAUUGAAGUUGUCUCUAUAGCAGGUGAUCAUGGUAUUUAUGCAAUCAAUAAUACCUCAGUUCAUUCGUUGAGUCUUUCAAAAUUUGCCCUUGAAACAGUUUACCGGUUGGAUGUGGGUGAUGAAUCCCUCACCACUCGGAAUGAUGACCUUGGUCGGGACUGGGAGAGUGAUGAAAAAUAUAUGGCCUCCAACAGUCGAGCACUGAAUGUUUCAGUAGAUCCUGAAGCUAUACAAGACAAUCCUAGAUCAGUUACACAUCUCACGGCGCCAAAAUGGGUCUAUGCUACAGCCAAAGCGAUGGCAGAUGCAAGAAGCCGCAAUCUAAGCUGGGUCUUCCCCGUAAAUCCAAACAAUAAUUAUUUUGUUCGGGUGCACUUCUGGGAUAUCAUAAGCAACCUAGAAAAUUAUGCAAUUUUCAUUCUAUUUAUAGAUGGUGCUUAUGCAACAAGAGUCGACCUUUACUCUCAAGAGUCUUACUCUUAUAUAUACGAGCGACAUCACAUGGAUUUUGUUGUCUCCACAAGAGGAAAUAACUUGACAGUAACUGUUGCUCCUGAUAGAACGGCAAAUAGUACGAAUGCAACCAUGAACGGGCUGGAGAUAAUGAAGAUCGUCACUGAAGUCAGAACCUUGGAUGGACGAGCUCUCGCGAAAUUAUCAGUAAUACUUGGAUCCAUCUUCGGUGCUACAGCCUUCCUAGUUCUAUUUGCAGUAACUUCGUAUUACUUGAAAACAUGCAGGUCACAGGCAAGCUCCAGAGCCAUCACCAGAUCAUGCAGGCUUUUCACUUUACAAGAAAUCAGUGAAGCAACAAACAACUUUGACGAGUGUCUGCUUCUUGGAGAAGGUGGCUUUGGCAAGGUCUACGAAGGAACAAUGAAUGAUGGGGAAAAAGUAGCCAUCAAGGUAGCCAAUGCCCAAUCAAGACAGGGUCUUCGUGAAUUUCGGAAUGAGAUUGAAUUGCUAUCCAAGCUCUCUCAUAAGAAUCUUGUCUCUCUGAUGGGCUAUUGUAAUGAAGAAACACAGAUGAUUCUAGUCUACGAAUUCUUGGCGAAUGGAUCUUUAAGCGGCCAUCUCUAUGGGACCAACUUUCUUCCUCUAUCAUGGAAGCAACGACUAGAAAUAUGCAUUGGGACUGCAAAGGGUCUUCAUUACCUUCACACAGGGGCGGCUCAAGGCAUAAUCCAUCGUGAUGUGAAGACAGCAAAUAUUCUCUUGAAUGAGAAUUUUGUUCCAAAAGUCGCUGAUUUUGGAAUCUCAAGAAAAGGUCCGCCUCUAGAAAAGAGUCAUGUAACAACCCUUGUAAAGGGUAGCUUUGGUUAUCUAGACCCUGAGUAUUUCAGAACAAAAUAUCUCACAGAGAAAUCAGAUGUGUUCUCAUUUGGGAUGGUUCUGAUGGAAGUUAUUUGUGGCAAGCCUGCUAUAGACGACACUCGUCCAACAGAACAUAUUAAUUUGGCAAGAUGGGCAUCAAGCUGCCAAGAUAAGGACACCUUUUAUGAGAUUAUAGACCCAAAUUUGAUGGGGAAAGUGAACUUAGAUUCUCUAAACAAGGUGAGAGAGUUGGCUUGGAAGUGCUUAGAGGAGAGUCGCACAAAUAGACCACCAAUGGGGUAUGUACUGUGCGAGCUUGAAGAUGCUCUCCACAUUGAGUUGGCUUCGCGAAUUCAGCAAGUUUCUAUGGAUUGUGCCAUUGAUGUGGUUGUAGAAAAUGGAAUCAAGGAUGAAAAGGAACAAUAAUUUGCUAAAAAUCUCGUUCUCUCAGUUUAGGGACUUGAAGUUGAAGUUGGCAUGUUCUUCAUCCAAGGAGUAUAGUGUUGGCACUUGCCUACUUGGUACAGGCAUAGGGGUGGUUUAUUACAUUUUGUUUGUGUUUAUGUAUCUUGUGUUACACCUCCAACUUUUUAAUCAUCUCUUAAAAUUCAGUGCA